CGGAGACUCCGGCGAAUGCGCGCAAGAGGAACUCCGAGGAACUCGUGCCGAGCGUUGAAAGCACUCUUCCCUUUCUCCCACCGUGAGCUACCGACUCCUCGCGCCCCUCUCUCUCCUUGGCUCGCGCGCACGCCUUCCGUCCCCUGCCGCGUCGCGGCAGCGUCGCCGAGCAUCGCCGACGCGUGUUCCCGUCUCGGUCUCUCUCCGCGCACCGGUGUGCCGUUUGACGACCUCUCGCUCCCACCCGCUCUCUUUUCUUCUCUUUCUCCAGACAAGCCUCAGCACGCUGCCCUCGCUCAACUACCUGUUGUGACGUCCAGCGCGCUCACGACGCACCGGGCAAAUUCGCCGUAAAUACUCAGUGUGUUCCCUUCCGACCGACGACGAUCGUUCCACAUUAAACGCAAUCAAUCGCGGAGAGACUCGAUAUAUAUGGUGUUGUAUAUGAACUAUCUCCAUCGGGGAAGUAUUUUCGUCGAGAAGGAGAGAGAGAGAGAGAGAGAGAGAUAUAUUCUGCCACGCAGACGGCCACCGCUCGUGAAGGAGGUACCUCGAUUGUGAAACCGCGAAAGUCUCUUGUGUGUGUGGUUCUGUUCCCCCUACCACUCGGCAUCGCCGCGACGAGAGUAACGCGAGGAAGCGUGUGGCGGAGCAAGACGGAGAGAGAAUGAGAGAGAGAGCGAGGAGGACAGCACGCGUUCGUAAGAUGGAGAGAGAAGGAGCGGGCGAGAGAAAGGACUCGAGCGGGCUGUUAUCGUCAAGUUAGUCGCGCGCGGCGAACCUUCCGUCCUACCGUUGUUGUCGAAUCUUCCGUCGAGCGCGUUCCCGAGAGUGACAGUCGCGAACCCCGUGACCCGUGUUGCCAGAGAGCUCCGCUCGCGUUACUCGCGUAUCGGGACUAUUGGACGUUUUCACGCCGGUGAGUCUGACCUACCUACUAAGCGUUUUGGAUUAAUCGUGAACGCUGUAACUAUAAAUGUGACUCUAAACGUGACGUGCAGUAAUCGCGUACGAAAUGCGCGGGGAUCGUCGUAAUCGUGCGAUGUUUUGAUAUCUAUAGGGAAGAGCAGACCGAAGGGAGAGAGAAAGAGAAAGCAGGCCGUGCGACGACGCGCGCAUUAUCGCGCGCGCGGUCACGUGGAUCGGGAAACAAAAGGCGGAACGCGACCGUGUUCAUUGAUGACGAGUUCGUCGCGUCGAUGCCGCGCGCGCCGCGCCGGUGGCAUCGCAUUACGUUAGCUCUGAAGUUGGCGCGCUCCGCGCCGUAUAUGUGGCGCGCGCGCGCGCGCGAGCGAGCGAGCGAGCGAGUGAGGAAUCUCCGGUUGUAACAACUUCACACCGUGAAUUGAUAUCGUUCGUUUCGCGAAACAGCAGCGGGAGCGUCCGCGGUAUUUUUCCGUCGCAACAAGUGCCUACGAGAGACAAGGGAAGAGACAGUCUUCUGACAUUCUACUUGGUGAAACUAGAGAUUAUUUAUACAGUGUUGUACCGUUCUCGCGAGAAGUGUGUUAAGCGGACUGUGUACGUUGUUGCUGUACGUGUCGAUCUUGACCGCGGUCAAGCCCCCCGCGAGAGCGUGACACCGCUAGAUCGCGCGGCCAGAUGCUCCCCUGCGCUCGGAAAUCAGGAGGUACAAUCGGAAUCGUCGGCACGCCAGUGGGGUGGAUGCGGAGGAUGCGCGUCACGCAAACAACGGUGAGGCCGAUGGUAGAGGACGACGCGCGGUCGGCAUCGCGCGUUACAAUCGACCACCUUGGUGGCAAUCAUUGAGAACUGGCUUAUCCUGCGGUGGAUUUAGGGGGCUGUAUGGAGGCCGGGGGGCUCCUGCCCCGACAGCCCCCGCAAGGCCCCCCCGGCGUCGCCCCCGGCACCAUCUCCGUGUGCGCGGGCCAGGGCCCGAACGGGCACGCCGGCAACGUCCUCGGCCAAUCCGCGGCCGCGAUUCACGAAUUAAACGCCGGUCAGCUGGGCAUUACCGGUCAACAACAAUUGCAUCUGCAGCAGCAGCAGCAGCAGCAACAGCAACAACAACAGCAUCAACAGCAGCAAAUGGGUCAAGCACCCGGUAUGGGUGAGGUACUCACCCCGAAGAGGCAGGCGAUCGUAGACCGCCUGCGACGAAGACUCGAGAGUUACCGGCGCAGACAGAACGACUGCAUCCCCAGGUUUGAUCAAAGUUUCAACGGAUUGUGCGAGCAGAACAUACAGGACACCUUGGUGCUGAAGCAACGCUUCCUCGAGAGCAAGGCUAAGCGACAAGCCAAGAAGACGGACAAGAAGCAGAACGAUCCGAUCGGUCUCUCCAACGUUCACAUGCAGCCGAAAUUCCUCAAGAGGACGACCGAGGAGUUGGAGCCAGCCGGUGGUGCUAGUGGCGAUGGCGGCUUCGGCGAGCCGCCGGUCAAGCUGCAAUGCACGCAGGGGCCUCAUCAGCAUCAACAGGGUCCUGUUGGUGGUGGUGGCGGCGGCGGGCCCCAUCACGGCCACGGCCAGCACCAACCGGGGAACGGCGCGAACUCGACGGGUCCAACGCCCGGUGGCGGUGGCGGCGGCGGUGACGGGAACGAAGGUCUUACCAAGUUUCAAGUUCAGAUCGUACAGCAAUUGGAAUUCACAACUUCGGCCGCGAACAAUUCCCAAGCCCAAGCGAUCUCUACGAACGUAACGGUAAAAGCGCUGACCAACGCAUCCGUGAAGAGCGACCUUUUAAACGCGUCGUCAUCGCCAAAACCCGGCUCGGACCCCACGUCUGCGUCAGGCUCGUCGAGAGGACCGCAGCCUGGAAAUGGCAACGGUCCCGGGGUCCCGGGCGGAGCUGGUGGCGGCGCCGGUGGCUCUGGUGGGAGUGGUGGAAUCGGUUGCGUUGACAUUGGUAACCUAGUCGAAUGUAAACAGGAACCCGACAAUGAGUUCGUGGAUCUCGAACAAUGUGCAGCGGCGUUGGAGAAAGACGCCGCGGCGAACGGCACUGGUUUCCCCGGCUUCUCCGAAUUCAUGGGCGACGACACCGGCGACGAGAUCAUCACGUCGGACGCAUUCAAGGAUCUCAUCUCCGAAAUAUCGGAUUUCCAUCCGGAGUUUAUGAAGGAGUUCGACUUCGAGGAUAAGAGCGUCGAUACAUUGGCGAACAACGCCGCGGCAGCGGCCGCGGCCGCAGCUGCCGCCGCCGCCGUCGCUAAUAACAGUAACAAUGGCGGUAAUAACAAUAACGGUAUGCCAACGAAUAACGGACAGAUUAAGAUUGAGGACGACAAGGAUGCGAUUCAUCAGCAGCAGCAGCAGCAGCAGCAGCAGCAGCAGCAGCAGCAGCAGCAGCAGCAGCAGCAUGCCAACGGCGCGAACAACGGCGUCAACAGUAACAACGUCGGCGGUAACAAUGGUAACGCGAUGCCGGCUAACUCGAGCCCAGGCACUCUCGGCUCCUCGCAAUAUUCUCCCGCUCGACUUCCAUACUCUGGACUAGACUUCAAAUCUGAGAUGAGCCCGGCGGCGCAGACGCUCAAGCAGAUGGCCGAGCAGCAUCAGCACAAGAGCCAGCAAUUGGGUCUCGGUGGAUUCAACCCGACGGCAGCGGCAGCCGCUGCCGCGGCACGAGGCCCAACGGCGAGAUCCCCUUACGCCGAAUUUCCUCAAUUCGGCGGCGCUUCCGAUUACCUUGGUAGUCCCGGCAGCACCGGCCCGACCGGUGGACAAAAUCAGGCGACGGCCGCGGGGACCGGCUCCUAUCACAAGAACAACGGCACUCCGACUUUCCAGAGUCAGCAGACCAACGAUAUGUUCGUCAGUUCGCAGACUCAAUUUGCAGCAGGCCUGACGGCCGACAUGAAGAGGCCCCAGCCAACCGCGACGGGCGGCAAGCCCGGCAUGCUGGGGCCCAGCGGCGGUUACAAACAACAAUACUCGCCGUACGGUAGCCCGGGUUCAAUGCCGAAUCACGGUAGCCCGGGUUAUCCGUUACCACCGAGAGGAUCGCAGGGAGGUGGACCUAACCAGACCGGUUCGCAAGGACCUUUCAACACGACCUCCACGCCGCCGAGACCUCCCUCGGGACCCGGUACCUCCACCUUGCAAAUCAAUCAAGCGCAGCAGCUGCACAUCGGUAAUCAGAUACAGGUGUCGGCGGGGCAGCAUUUACAGGUGACGAGCGAGCUGAAACCGGUCGUGACUGUCGCGGCGCAGCAGGGCAUGUUCUUCAACCAGCAGCAGACGCAGAAUCAGGCCGGGCCGUCGGCUAAUCAGGCCGACGCCUACUGCUCGGUCUCGCAGUCCCAAACCAUCAAUUUCACCCAGCAGAGCCUGCGGCAGCGGGCGACGGCCGCGGCCGCGGCCGCCGGCGGAAUGCCGCAGCCGGGCGCCGCCGGCCCAGGAACUCGGGGCCAUCCGCAGCAGGUGCCGCCGGGCCAGGUCGAUCAGCACCAGCACGCGAAGCUUCUGCAACAGCAGCAGCAACUGAUGCGCGCGCAACAGGUGAUGCAGCAGCAGCAGCAGCAUAUGGCAGGUGGAAUGGGAAGCGUAAGGCCGCCACCGCCCGAAUACAAGGCCGCAGCCCAGGCACAGAUGAUGCAUGCUAGUAUCGGUAUGGGUCAGCAAGCGAGAUUUGCAAAUACUGGACCCAUGCGCAGAGUUACGCAACAACCUAUGCCACCGUCGGGUCCGAUGAUGAGGCCGCAAAUGGCGCAACAGCAGCAGCAGCAGGCGUUACACGCGGCCGGCGGUAAUAUGUACAUGGGCGGCGGCGGGAUGGCUGCCAUCGGCAAUAUGCAUCAGAUGCAUCAACGGCUAGGCUACCCGAGAACCAACAAUCAACGGCCGCCCAACGUCAGCGUUGGACCUCCGGACGGCCUUGGAAACAGCAUCGCAGGUCGCGGCGCCCAGCAGGAGCAAUGGCGACACGCGGUUUUAAUGCAACAACAGCAGGGCUUUCAGGCGCAAAUGCGCUCGCAAUUCAACCAGCAAAGUCACCAAGGUGCUUUCGGCAUGGGUGGCGCGGGCAACACGAUGCAAAUGACUGCGGCGCAGAUGCAACAUCAACAGUUAAUUCGUUCACAAAACGGAGGCAUAGCUGGUUCGGGGAUGUCCAACAGCACGCAGAUGCAACAGCUGUUGACGCAACAGCACCAACAACAAACGCUAGCUAUGCAGCAGAAUAACAAUCAGAUGUCGUUGCAGAUGCAGAUGUCACAGACAGCGUCUGUAAAUUCAGUCAACGUUACUGGGACCGGUUCUCCUCUGCAUCCACAUCAACAGUAUGGCGGAGGUAGCCCUGGAGUACGUAGUCUACCGCCACCGCAGCAGCACACUCAGCCACCACCACCGGCUACCACUACGGAUCCAUCCGUUACGGCUCCUGACUUCACUCUUGAAUUCUUGGAGAACCUUCCCACAGGAGACACGUCGAACUUUAGCGCCCAAGAGCUGCUUAAUUCUCUCGACUCUACAGCCGGUUUUAAUCUCGAUAUUCUGUAAUGGAAAUGAAAUAUACAGGUCGGUUUAGAUGUCGGUGCCUGGCAAUAUGCCGAUUUUACUACGAUGUCAAGCGAAUGAGAUCGAUCCCUUAAAGUGUAUACUUAGCGCAAUGAUACCGACGAAUUUCACUUCGUCCGCGUAUUGAUCUGCUUUCUUCCCAUCGUGUUUUCCCUCAUUGUAUCAAACGAAUCGAUUUUCUCGUCAGUGCAUUUUUGGAAGAGAACAUCGACCCGAAUGUCCCUUUUCGAAUCUUCGUAAUUUUUAAUUACAAAAAAAAAAAGGAUUGUUUAUAAAAACGGAACGUUUGAUUCAAGUCAAUCUUAUCAGAGUUCUAAAAGGUACGAUUGAUGGAAAUAAUAAUAUUAUUAUGGCUGACUCUUUUUUGAGCUCGAUGUUGAGAAAACGGGGAUGCAGAUUGAUGAUAUGCAGGUAUAUAUAUAUACUUUGUUAUGUUCAAUGACUGACAAAUGAUUCAAUGAUUGCGAAUGAUGACAGUUACCCACCGGUGCGACAGUCCCAUAAUCGGUCGUAGUGCAUUCUCGGUCACCGCUUCCGCGGCUGCCGAGACUAUUCUUUUAGGCAAUCACAUUUUAGUAAAAUUUAAUUUUGUAAUAACCGUCGAAGGGCGAGAGAGUUUAGCCCUGGAGAUGUGGUAGCGUGGGAUAUCAAGAGGCACGUGGAAAUCGUUCUAUCGUUUUCUCGUUGGGCAACGAUAUCCACUUUUGAGGAAAAACGAAACAAAGCCAGGAGGUUGCGGUUCCUAUUUUCUUUUUCAAGUUCGCCCACGCUUGGCUAUAUCGAGAACGAUCGAUAAAUUUCCGAGUGCUCGCGUCGACGACUUCGACAACUGCGAUGACUUCGACGAGCAUUCCGCAAGACGAUUCUCCUCUCUCUUGAUUUUUCACGUUGAAAAUUCACGCAAGUAGAUAGAGAUAUUGAUAUUGAUAAGGAGGCCACGAUUAGAGUUUAUUCGACUGAACCUAUUCGGCCGCAAAAAUUGGUUACCUUGCGCCGACUCGUCGUUGCAAAACGUCCAAGAUUUCUGGACAGGCGAGCCUGGCCGGGCGUUAAUACUUUAUAAGAAUAAUAAUGUAACAAUGUAACGAUUAUAUUAUAUCAUUAUAUCACAAUAG